AACCAAAUCAUAACAUAACUUGAGUUAAGAAAACCUACAACAACGUGUAUUGCAUGUUUUUGUUUUGAUUUUGGUCUACGUGCAGUGUGCAGUAAGAAAAAAAGAAUCUUACUGUAGGAUUUACAGGAAGUCGCAGUAAGUCAGUUAGUGCAAGAGUUUCAUCAAAAUUUUCGUGUCUCAUGCAAUAAAUUUUGCCCAUUAAAAAAUAAUUAGACUAGCAGUAGCUUGUACUAAAUACUCACUUUAUCAAUCAGCCGACCGGUAUAUACAACUUAGGAUAUUGCGUCUGUCAGAAUAAAUAUGGGUCUCAGAAGAGCACUUUAUCGUAAUCUCGUCCAAUUGCAAAGGACAAGAUUAAAUUCGCCAAGAAUACCGCCCAGACAUAACGUUUGCCAACAGUACGAAAGGGCUUUCUCAUGCACCUCUCGGACUUUGACGUCCAUAAAGGUCGGUGAUGUAGAGUUGACCAGUGAACGGUACAAGGGCAGCGUGGAGCGUGGGGAUUACGGGCACUUGGCCAGCGCGGAUGUCGCCUUCUUUCGCGACCUCCUAGGAAAACACCGAGUGGUCACUGACUCUGUAGAGAUGGAGACGCAUAACGUGGACUGGUUGAAGAUGGUGAAAGGUGCGAGUCAUAUUCUUCUCAAACCUAAGACGGCCGAACAGGUAUCUGCUAUUUUGCAGUACUGCAAUUCAAAAAAAUUGGCUGUGGUUCCACAGGGCGGAAAUACUGGCCUGGUGGGUGGAAGUGUUCCAGUUUUUGACGAGAUUAUACUGUCUUUAAGUUCGCUGGAUCGCAUAAUUUCACUGGAUGAGUGGUCAGGAGUGUUGGUCGUUGAAGGAGGUUGUAUUUUAGAAACCUUGAAUACUUACUUGCAACAACAUGACCUAAUUAUGCCACUGGAUUUGGGGGCCAAAGGGAGCUGCCAGAUUGGUGGAAAUGUUUCUACCAAUGCGGGUGGACUUCGGCUACUUCGAUAUGGGAGUCUUCAUUCUACUGUUCUUGGGGUUGAAGCUAUAUUAGCCGAUGGAACAAUCCUUGACUGUUUGAAUACUAACAAGAAAGACAACACAGGGUACGACUUGAAGCAUCUCUUUAUCGGUUCUGAAGGAACUUUAGGGGUCGUGACAAAGGUAGCCAUUCAUUGUCCACCAAAGCCAAACGCUGUUAAUCUUGCUCUCUUAGGACUGGAAGACUAUGAUAAAGUCCUCAAGCUCUUCCAAAAGUGUAAAGCAGAUCUUGGUGAAAUUCUUUCGUCCUGUGAAUACAUUGACUCUCAAAGUAUGAGCUGCGUGACAAAAAAUCUCAACCUCAAGUGUCCGAUUGGAUCUCAUCCAUUUUACAUGCUGAUUGAAACUUCGGGCUCCAACGGUGACCACGAUGGGGAGAAACUGAACAAGUUUUUGGAGGAUGUGAUGAGUCACGGGAUUGUAAACGAUGGGACGGUGGCGUCAGACUCAAGUCAAAUUACAGAAAUGUGGGGACUGAGAGAACGUAUCGCAGAAUCCCUCAUGAAUGACGGCUACGUGUACAAGUAUGACUUAUCUAUUCCACUCACUUCGUUUGACACUUUGGUGCAGGAUAUGAAAGACCAUUUAGGCCCUAAUGUUGUUCGGGUUUGCGGCUAUGGACAUCUCGGAGAUGGCAAUAUCCACCUCAAUAUUACUUCUGAGCAGUAUGAUAAGCACGUGGUACAGCAAAUUGAGCCCUUUGUAUACGAAUGGGUGGCAAAACACCGGGGUUCCAUUAGUGCUGAGCAUGGGCUGGGAUUUAAGAAAAAGGACUAUAUUUCAUAUUCUAAACCUGUUGCUGCAAUUUCAUUAAUGCGACAAAUGAAAAAGAUCUUCGACCCGAAUAAUAUUUUAAACCCGUACAAAGUGCUUCCAGAUAAAAAUGGAGAAGGACAUUAAAGUGGAAGAAAAUGAAAAUUACCCAUUAUUCAAUUUUUUUAAAAGAUGUCUUUUAUGAUUCGACUGAAGAUUUGACUCCUUUAAGUAUGUACGUAUUUAGGUACAUUUUAUUUAAUAUAAUUAUUAAGCACGACUUUAUAAAGACGGUUUUAUUUUACUACAAAAUAUGGUGAUAAUGUUUAUAGUACCUGAGGAUUAAUAUACUCAUAUGUACGACAUUUUGAAAAAAAUAAUUACAGGAUUACAUUUUAUUAUGUUCAAUCGGAAAAUUUUUAAUGUUACGCAGAUAAAAGUUUUACAGUUACAAAUUGCUAUUUUAUUUCUGACCUAAUAGAUUCACCCAACCUAAAUAUUUUUAAGAUAUUUCUGGGUAAAUCAUGUGAACUCUUGUUAAACAAAACAGAUGCAUAAUUAAAUGCAUGGAUGGUGAGUGAUUUGAUUAUACAUACAUAUAUUUUGUCGGUAUAUUUGUAUUAAUGUGUCGUUUAAAUAAAUUCUUUUAUUGAGGUGGAUUUUAUUACCACUAUACUCGUAAA